CUGCAAUAUCAUUUGUGAAUCCCUCUCACAGUGCUGCAGAAAGGGGCUGCCAACACAUGCGGCGCGUCUGCAGGUGAGGGAACAGGCUGAAUAUGCUGGACACACUGAGGAAAUCCAACCAACGUUUCCUGAAAACCACGUCGGAUGUACAUUUUUAAUUUUUGUUCCCGUUUGAUUUUUUUUUCUCUUUCUAAUACAACCUUUUCAGUAGGCUGUGCAUUGUGGAGUUGACUUGCAAAAGCAGAGAGUAACUAUAUGCCUACUGGCUGCAAGUGACUUGGAGGAAGAGAGUAGAGUAGGCAACCGGACAGGUAAAUUGCCUCAUAUUCACAUCCUCAUGUCCGGAGAGUUGACAGGCUCCGCGCACUCGGCACUCGCCGUAUGACGAGUUUGGAAACUGCGCGGCAUUUAAAUGAUCCUCUGACAUUUGUGGACAUAUCGUCGGGCAGAGGAAUAUUGCAGCCUCACCCACAAAGGAGAUUCUACCCACAAACUGUGAGUAAAACGACAGGAUAUGGAAUGAAUUUACUUUCUGGUGAUAUGAUGCGCGGACAAUAACAUUUCGACUUUUACGCGCAUGAAAUUCAAAUAUUUGUGGCACCACCCGGAGCGCACUGAGCUUCUUUCGGGUGUUCCCUUUUCACUGCCUUUUUAAUAUUAUUUAAAUAAGGAAAGAGCUACUGUCAUCCCGAGACAGAAGAGGGAAAGAAGAGAAGAGACGAAAGCCCGUGCACUUGCUGCUUUUCGCCGCAGCAGGAGCGAUGUAGGAAGUCGUCCGGAUGAUGAAGUCUCACGCAUCCCGCAACAGAGGGUUUUGCUCUUAAUGAAAACGAGAUUUCUUUUACAAUUUCGGACUCUUCCGCAGUGAUUCAAUUUUCUGACAUUCUUUUCCAAGUCUAAGUGGACAUUUUUCAGUGGAGAACAAUGAGGACUACUGGUGCAGUGGACUAUUUGUACUAUUGCAUGCUCAUCCUGCAGCUCGUGCAUCUGCCCGCUGCCAAGCAAGUGCUUCGCUACCGUUUGGCCGAGGAGGGACCCGCCGAUAUCAGAGUAGGGAACGUAGCCGCCGAUCUGGGCAUUGUUGCCGGGUCCGGCGAGGUGACAUUCACUCUCGAAUCAGGCUCAGAUUUUUUCAAAAUAGACAACAUAACAGGUGAGCUCACCACCAAUGAAAGGCGCAUAGACCGUGAAAAAUUACAGCAGUGCCAAAUGAUAUUUGAUGAGAAUGAGUGUUUCAUAGAUUUUGAAGUGUCAGUGAUUGGACCAGCCCAAAGCUGGGUCGACCUCUUUGAGGGAAAAGUCAUCAUAUUAGAUAUAAAUGAUAACACCCCGUCUUUUCCUUCUCCUGUCCUGACACUGUCUGUGGAGGAAAACAGACCCAUUGGAACCCUUUAUCUGCUGCCCACAGCCACAGACAGAGAUUUUGGCAGAAAUGGAAUAGAGAGAUAUGAGCUUAUCCAGGACAAUGGAGAGAACUCAAGGCGCUUGGGCUCUUCUGGGGAUUCAUACUCGGGGAAGAGGAGAUUUGAGGAAGGCGCAAGCAGGAGCAGUGUCUUUGAACUGCAAGUUGCUGACACAACUGAUGGAGAGAAGCAGCCUCAACUCAUCAUUAAAGGGGCCCUUGAUAGGGAGCAGAGAGACUCCUAUGAGCUCACAUUGCGUGUUAGGGAUGGAGGAGAUCCACCUCGCUCGUCCCAGGCCAUUCUUAGAGUGAUGAUCACUGAUGUGAAUGACAACAGUCCGCGGUUUGAGAAGAGUGUGUAUGAAGCUGACCUACCUGAAAACAGCUCCCCUGGUUCCCCCAUACUGCAGCUCAAAGCGACUGAUGCAGACGUGGGGGUUAACGGUCAAAUCGAGUAUGUGUUUGGGGCAGCCACAGAGUCCGUAAGGAGGCUACUGAGGUUGGAUGAGAGUACCGGAUGGCUGAGUGUGUUGCACCGCAUUGACCGUGAAGAAGUGAGCCAACUGAGAUUCACAGUAAUGGCCCGUGACCGAGGCCAGCCACCAAAAAUGGACAAAGCCACUGUGGUGCUGAACAUCAAGGAUGAGAAUGACAAUGUUCCUGCUAUUGAGAUACGGAAAAUUGGACGCAUUUUCUUGAAAGAUGGGAUAGCCAAUGUGGCUGAGGAUGUGGUGGUGGACACACCCAUUGCCUUAGUUCAAGUGUCAGACCGCGACCAGGGGGAAAAUGGCAUUGUGACCUGCACAGUCGUAGGAGAUGUGCCCUUUCAGCUCAAACCGGCCAGUGAGAUGGAGGGUGAGCAGAAUAAAAAGAAAUAUUUCCUCCACACGUCUGCACCGUUGGACUAUGAGGCCACACAGGAAUACAAUGUGGUCAUAGUGGCUGUGGACUCUGGAAGCCCCAGCCUGGCAAGUAAUAACUCUCUUAUUGUCAAAGUGGGCGACACUAACGACAACUCCCCUGUUUUCAGCCAAAAUGUUGUAGAGGUGUCAUUUCCAGAAAACAAUGCCCCUGGCGAGAGGGUGACAACAGUGGCAGCCAUUGACGCAGAUAGUGGGAAGAACGCUGAAAUAGCCUAUUCCCUAGACUCAUCAGUAAAUGGGAUUUUCUCUAUCGAUGCAGACAGUGGUGACAUCCGAGUAAACACCAUUCUAGACAGAGAGCAAACGGAGCGCUACGAAUUCAAAGUGAUAGCCAAAGAUAAGGGCAUAAACACCCUUCAAGGCUCUGCAACAGUGGUUGUCCUUGUGGCCGAUAAGAAUGACAACGAACCAAAGUUCAUGCAGGAUGUGUUCACCUUCUAUGUCAAAGAGAAUCUCGAGCCAAACAGCCCAGUUGGCAUGGUUACAGUUAUUGACGCAGAUAAAGGCCAAAAUGCAGAGAUGAGUCUUUUCAUUGAGGAAGAGGAGGACAUAUUUUCAAUUGAGAAUGACACUGGGACUAUAUUCUCUACACUGUCUUUUGACCGAGAGCAGAAAACUACAUACACGUUCCGUGUCAAAGCUGUGGAUGGGGGUGACCCUCCCAGAUCUGCCACUGCCACAGUUUCACUCUUUGUCAUGGACGAAAACGACAACGCACCAACUGUCACUUUCCCAAUUAACAGCUCCUACACCCUUCUUCCUCCCUCCAGUAACAUCAGAACAGUUGUCAGAACGGUCAUAGCCACUGACACAGACACUGGCAUCAAUGCGGACCUGAACUACAGCAUCAUUGGAGGAAACCCCUUCAAGCUGUUUGAGAUUGAUGGGGGAACCGGGGUCAUUUCGCUGGUGGGGAAGUUGGAGCAGAAGCACUAUGGCCUCCACAGACUAGUCGUCCAGGUGAAUGACAGUGGCCAGCCUUCACAGAGCACAACCACACUAGUGCAUGUGUAUGUUAACGAGACUCUUUCCAAUUCAACAGUGGUGGAGGCCCAGGUGGCUAAGAGCCUGAGCACGUCUCUCAACACCAACAUUGCUGGUGACCCCAACUAUGAUCUAAGCAAGCAGCGGCUAAGCAUUGUAAUUGGUGUAGUUUCAGGCAUCAUGACAGUCAUUCUCAUUAUUCUAGUUGUAGUCAUGGCCCGUUACUGCCGUCCCAAGAAUAAGAAUGGCUACGAGGCUGGCAAGAAGGAUCAUGAAGACUUCUUCACACCACAGCAGCAUGACAAGUCCAAGAAGCCCAAGAAGGAUAAGAAGAAACAAAAGUCCAAACAGCCACUUUAUAGCAGUAUCGUCACUGUAGAGGCUUCAAAACCCAACGGGCAGCGCUAUGAUGGCGUCAACGAGAAGCUGUCGGACAGUCCUGGCAUGGGCCGCUACCGUUCAGUCAACGGAGGGCCAGGGAGCCCAGAUCUAGCCCGGCACUACAAGUCCAGUUCACCACUCCCUACUGUCCAGCUUCACCCGCAGUCACCAACAGCUGGUAAAAAGCACCAGGCAGUUCAGGACUUGCCCCCUGCCAAUACCUUUGUUGGCACCGGAGAUAACAUUUCCCUUGGAUCUGACCACUGCUCAGAAUACAGCAGUCAAACUAUCAACAAGUACAACAAACAGCCGUUUCGCCGAGUGACCUUCUCGGUGGUGAGCCAGCCCCAGGACCCUCACCAGCAGGGAUCGCUGCAGAGCUGCUACGACAGCGGCCUGGACGAGUCGGAGACGCCCAGCAGCAAGAGUUCGUCGGGCCCCCGGCUGGGCGCCCUUCCCCUGCCCGAGGACAGCUACGAGAGGACAACGCCGGAUGGCAGUGUCGGUGAGGCAGAGCACAUGGAAAAUGACGCCCGGCCAUUGCCUGACGUAGCCAUGACUGGCAAGUGCACCCGGGAAUGCGACGAGUACGGCCACUCGGACUCCUGCUGGAUGCCUGUGCGCACGUCGCCUGAGCGACGGCCAUCCAAGUCAACCACCACCCCACAACAACCAAAGCUUUCCACCUUCAUGAGCGGCAGCGGCAGCAGCAGCGCAGAGCAGCCCGGCAGCCAAGAGACCCUCGCCAUGGCCGCCAUGGCCAACGGAGACCCCACCACCACUCACAUGAUGGGCGACCGCAAUCGCAACCUGCUCAACAAGAAGAUGGCUUCCUCCUCCUCCUCCUCUUACGAGGCCUUUGGCUCACCCUCCUAUGGCUCGCCAGGAAGUGGAGAGGAGGUGCUGGGCCACCCCACUGAGGAGAUCCCUCUGGCACCUACUGGGGAGUACAAGCCCACAUCCUGUGGUACUCUGACGCGACGGGAGGUGUACCUGUGAGCUGGGAGGGUUUGACGUGCCAGCUGUGCCACAACAUAUGGCAUAAAAACAGUGUAGUUGUUGCUUACCACCACCGUUACAGCUCUAGAAGCUUUUAGCCACCCUUGUUCUACACAAGAGAGGACUAAACCUUCUCCAAAGACUUUUAGGACAGCUCCUUAAUGAAAAAUCUAAGUGGAUAUAUAUACAUAUAUAUAUAUAUAUAUAUAUAUAUAUAUAUAUGUAUAUAUAUAUAUAUAUAUACAUAUAUAUGUAUAUAAACAUAAUACCAUUUUUUAAAGUGCUAAUUCCAGCCAUUACUUGGGAGAAAGGAGGAGGAGGAAAAACUGAGGGCAGUGAUGUGACUUGGGAUGAGGCUGUUCUACUUGCUAGUCGGGUUCUUGGGACAUGAUCUGCUGCCUGACAGUCAAUCUGUACAAUAAUCCACUCAUUUUACAUAUACAGUACAUGCAUGCAUUAACCCCUUGUCCCCCAUGAAGGCCCCAUUUCCCGAAGAUGACACUGUAUAAAAAGAGACUAUUUCGUUUUCUGCGUUUUUCUAGUGACAGUUGUACAUGUGACUAUUUUGACUUCAAAGUGUGUCUGGUUAUGCCUUUUUUUUUAAAUUUCAGAACAGUGGAACACUCUGACCACGAUGCUCUAUAUACUGGACAUAACGGUCGCUAUCAUACUAAGCAGUUUGUGGAUUCCGUCAUCUUGACUGUUUGUGAUACAAGUUGCUAAAUAGCAGACCAAAACUUGACCAUACUCAAAUCCUAUAAAGGACGGGAAAGACUAAGCUUUAAACAGGCAGCCCAGAAAACAACACUUGUCUCAGUCCUCUCUUGAAAGGGAGUUUCUGGAACGUAAAUAGGAGCCAGUGGAAUUUGCUGCAACAAAGCGUUCUUCAGACCACAAAACCGCUGGUGUACUACGAUGAACAUACAAUGGUUGAUUCUAACAUACCAGUGUGUACGCUCUUCACAGGUGAAAAGUCAGUCAUUGUACAUAAACACUGGACAUAAACACAGCAGCAAUGCCAACUUCUCUCAUUCCCCUUUUGUCUUACUACCCUUCCUCAGUAUCUUGUUGUCUUUGAUUGGUAAGGUUGAGACCAAAACCUUCUGAUGAAAUGCAAAAUUAGAGCCAUGACAUAUGACCACGCUGGCUGGAAAAGCAUGUGUCUACAUGGAUGUGCAUAAUUGGAUCACCUCAGUGGCCACUGUUUAUAUCAAGUUAUAAUACUUAUCUAGUUUUGUUUUUUUUUUUUCCUAUCUCUCACAGACACACACACACACACACAUACGCAAAGCAGCAAAGCAGAAUCAUUUAACUGUGGCCAGUGGCGCUGCUGUAUGGUACUGGGCAAGCACAGUAUGUGGCAAGAUUGAAUAAAUGCAGGAGCAACUGGAAUUCUAUGUAUGGGCAAGAUAUGCAGUAUAUAAUGUGUGUUUUGUCUAUAUUUAGUGUAUACUGUAGACGUACACCGACAAUAGGCUUAGGAAGGCGUAAACAUGGCCAAGCUGGUCCUACAACAGCUGCAAGGAUAACUUUUUACCAUUAUUUCCUUUUUUUUUUUAGUUGUUGUGUGAUAGACCGAGCAAUAAAGAACAUCAUGUACAUGUGACCAACUAGCAUCAAUUUCUUUUUCACUUCUUAUCAAGCCUUCAAGGUGACAUUAAAUUAAACAUGGCUGUCAAAGAGUCCUUUUAGCACUAGGAGACGUUGCUUUCCACAGUACACAGUGAUGGCAUCUUUGAGCACGAAUGUAAGAAUCAGCUCAAUAGAGAACAAUCAAAAAGCAACGUCUGUAAGUGGAGAUACCAGGAAGUUUUGGAUUACAAAGUGAGGGAAAAAAAAUGGUGUCAAAGUGAAACCAAAGCUUCGCAAACAGGAUGAAGCACUCCCCCGUUACACACAAAGAUAGCUUUCUGGGAGAAUUUUGCUUUAAAGUACGCAUUACAUGAAGAAGUUUUUUUUCAAAUGAAGGAUUGAGACUGAAGGGUAAGAAUGUGAUGUCUCAACUAAAACAUCCAUUACAUCCGCAGAACUGGCAACGAGCGCCAGUUGACGGCCGCUAACACACAGACACAUGACAAUGUUGAGAUGUUGUGCCUCCCUGUCUACAGUGAUGUUCUUUUUCGCAGCUACAGAGGCGCAAAAUCUCAUGACUGUAAUAAAACAAAAGAAUAUCAGAUGCAACUGAACUUUUUGUAUGUAAGCAAAACCCCUUUGGUUUGACCGGAGCUGCUCUCUUUUUUUGCAUUCCGGCAAUCUAUAGUCUGUAAGUACUUGUUGUUGGAAAGAAAGUGCUCCUAUACUUAUCAACUGUAUACAUAAAUAUUUACUUUUUACUGCACGUUUAAUGGGAACUUACUUCACUUACUGAGAAGGAAGAAGAAAAAAAAACUGUAAAACAAAAUGUACAAAAAAAUGUUUUCCCUGUAAACAUGGAAAUUCACCUUAUUGCUUGCUUUUGUUCUACCUAAAGGAACAUGUAGUACAACUUAGUACAUCAAUUUAGACCAUACUUUUUUUUUUUUUCAUUUUCAUACUUGGCAUAAUUUCAUUAGUGUCUUUUAUAUCACCACACAAAUCCAAUUAUCUCAUGUUUCAUUCACAUCAACUUUAUAUCAUGAGAUUUGCACAUUUUUAUCCCCAACUUGUAUUUUACUUUGUAAACCCACACAUUUAUUUCUUACACGAUUAACAGUCAAAACCGUGGAAAUGGUCAUAAUAAUGUACUACGUGUUUUACUUUUUUCCUUUAUCUGGUGCCACUUUGUAUAUUUAGAGUGCUUCUGAAAAAAGAAAAAAAAAAGAACAAAAAAUACUAGAGUGAAUGCAAAUAUGCAAUUGUGCCUUUUUAUACCAAUUGGUAUGAUUAAAUGUUGGUUUGGAAUGGUGCAUAAACAAUUCCGUUGACAUGCUUACAAAAAGACGAUGGGGUGGCAUUUAAGAACGGACUGAAAAACAUUUGCAUAUCUUAGAUGAAAUCCCAUGAUGUCAAAGGCUUCUUGGAGGACAACCAGUCAAAUGUCAGUGAGCCUGUAAGACUAAUUCUCAAAUGGCUAUUGUUCACUGGGUUCAAUUAUCUUGUUGAAAUAUCCAUUCCUAGCAUAGUGCAUUACUGAAUGAGUACAGGUACAUUCAAAAGUUGCUUGUUGGUAGUAAUAAUAAUGAUAUAAUGGAUUUUUUUGUCGUGUUCCACUCAUGUACAUGUAUGACAUCAAAGGUCAAGUAACCUUCUUUGUGCAUGAAACAAGCUCUAGGACUGAAUAUAGAAGCAUAGGAAGAUGAGGGUUUUGUGGGGGGGGGGGCAAUGCUUGGAGACAUUUGACUGCUGAGAGUUGAGGGAGCCUAGAGAUAAAAAUGCUAAUGUGAUGGUUUACUAGGAGGAGUGGAAGCGGGGGAAAAAAAAAAAGCUGCAAGGGAGAGCAUCUGACAGAACACACACCUCAGGAUGUGCUGAGCAACACAACACUCAGACACAGGUUUACAGUAAAUGCAUAUCAGUGUGCGAUGAAACCCUGUUCUCCAAAUAAGAACGGUAUGAUGUUUGCUAUGAUACUGCAAGGUGAUGCUUUGAAUUUACAGAUCAGAUGAAAUGAAAACGACGAUUGUGGCAGGAACCUCAGACAAAAACAGAAGGCAAGAGAAGAAAGAAACAACGCCUGUGCACUGGCAACUACAGUGACAACAGGGCACACUAGUUUGUUUCUGAGUCAGUAAUUGUUUAUUCACUGAACUUUUGUUGCUGCAGAAAUCUGGACAAUUGCAGGUGGUAUAACGUUGGGAUUUUUUUUCUAAACGUUCAACAGAAAACACGUUUGUAUCUUGUUGCCCCAGGUGUGUGUUCAGUCUGUGCUCUCCUCUAUUCAUAUAGCCUUCACAGUGUGUAAUGAGAUUUGUAAUAUUAACCAUUACUAUUUGUCCUGCGACUUGGAUGUUGAUUAUAGAAAUUGAGGAACAAAUUUAUCAUCGUUUAAUAUGAGUCACUAUGCACGCAGCUUAGCUGAACAUGGCAAAGUGUAUUGAACGCAAGUCCACUACUAUUUAUGAGAUAUUUUACAUAAUUUAAUUUGCUUUUGUACAGGUUUGUGUAAAUAAAUUGCUUGUCAUUUUUGUCUCUGCAGAAAUUAAAAUAUAACAUGGUAAAACAAA